ACAUUAAUAUAAUGACAGUAAGGCCCAAUAGAAAUAAACUCUUAAUGAGUUUUUCACCAUUUUCUUUUGAAUUUCUCCAUUUUUCUUUUAAAGGGCCCAAUGGCAAAUUUUCUCAACCCCCUUUUUCACGCCUAUGACAAAAUUUUCCUCCUCUUUAAGAAAUUUCCCCUUUUUCGCUAUUUUCCCCCAGUAUUAAAAAUUCAAAAAUUGUAGUAGGGACAAACCCUUAAAAACCUAUGUUUCUGUACAAUAGUCAGUCAUUCCAAGUUUACAAAUUCUUUCUUAAAAAUCAAAAUUCGAAAAAAAAACUCAAUUCUACAAGUUAUAAGUUUUUCUCAAAUUUACAAGUACCAAGUUUAAAUUUCAACAAAUUUACAAUUUAUUUAAUCAAUUGAAGGAAGGAGAGAUUUAUAUUCAAAGCAAUUUUACAUCUUCAGGAAACUUCUACAAAUUAAAUAAAAAAGCAGAAGCGUAAAUAGUUUCUAGGACAAUGCACCUUACUUUUAUACUAUGUAUGUUCAUUCAACUUUGUUGGACUAAGAUAAUCGAUAAAAGCAAUACAAAUUAUUUGAAGAAGUCCCAUAGUCUUGAACAAGUCACCUCGACAUUUGGACUUUCAGAAGGACCUCAUUGGGAUGUUCAUUCUCAAAAACUUUACUUCGUUCAAAUAUGGAAGCAACACAUUUGUAGUUAUAAUCCAGCAACAGGAGAAGUCUUCUAUGCUUUUAUAAAAAAUGGUCCCGUUAGUCUUGUAACAACUGUUGAAGGUGAACCGGGAAAAUUACUGGCAACAUCCGGAACUGAUAUUGUAUUAGUCACAUGGAACGGUGAAAAUAAUGAUGAAAAUCCUGAAAUUAAAUUAUUAAUUAGCGUCGAAAAAGGUAAAAAAGGCUUCAGAUUUAAUGAUGGAAAAGUAGAUGCAAUUGGAAGACUAUGGGCUGGAACAAUGUGUCAAAUUGAUGAAAAAAAUAUACCAGAAGUAGGAAGUCUUUAUAUUAUCGAUGAAAAAUUGGAUCCAAAAGUAAAAAUUUCCUCAGUUUCAAUAAGCAACGGUUUAGAAUGGAGCAAAGAUAAUAAAAAUUUUUACUUCAUUGACACAACGACAAAUAAAGUUUUUGCUUAUGAUUUUGAUUUACCCUCUGGAAAUAUCUCGAAUAAAAGAAUUAUUAUUGAUGUAAAAGAAAAAGGAUUUCAAGGAUUUCCUGAUGGUAUGACUAUUGAUACUGAUGGAAAUUUGUGGAUAGCAUUAGUCCAUGGAUCCAAGUUAAUUCGCGUGGAUCCAGAAAAUGGAAAAGUUCUCAAAGUUAUUGAUUUUCCAACAAAAAUGGUAACAAGUGUUGCAUUUGGAGGUGUUGAUUUGGAUAUUUUAUAUGUGACAACAGCAUCCUAUGAUUUUCCAACAAAAAUUAUUGAUGCCAAAGGCGGUACAAUUUUUGCUCUAAAAAAUUUAGGAGUAAAAGGAUAUCCUCCAAAUUCUUUUAAAUUAAAUAAACAAUUCUAAUUAUUAAA